AUGACCGACUACUCUUCGUAUAAAUACUACCGAGUGACCAAACCCGCUGAAUUCGUGCUUCACGUCGAGUUCAACCGACCCAAGGUCAGAAACGCAGUUCACCGAGAUUCAUACCUCGAGUACCACAACAUCUUCCAGAAAGCAGAUAUCGACCCUGAUGUACGAGUAGUGCUUCUGUCUGGAGUCGGCAGUGCAUUCUGUGCUGGCCUGGACGUCAAAUCGUCCCAAUUCCCCUCCGAGACCGACGAAACUUCCCGCAAGGGCAUUCAGAUUUAUCGACACAUCAAAGAAUUCCAGAACGCCAUUCAUGCCCCAUACAAACUGAGUAAACGUAGGUGUCUUUUUGCCUCCGGUGGCUGGGGCGCCGCCCCAGACCCCGCUGCUCCUCUCGCUUCGCUCGAGUCGGGACGUCUACGGUCCCAGCAUCUCCUGCGAAGCAGGAGCUACGGGGUCUGGGGCGGAGCCCCAGCCGCCGGAGGCAAAGGCCCAGGACCAGAUCUAACAGAUGCAGCUGUCAUUGCCGUGGCCCAUGGUGCUUGUGUUGGCCUGGGAAUCGAUAUUAUAUCUGCAGUCGAUAUCAGAUAUGCUUCGCGAGAUGCCAUUCUGUCAGUUCGUGAAGUUGUUAUUGGCAUGGCUGCUGAUAUCGGCAGUUUACAGAGACUCCCUCGUAUUGUCGGAAACACUAGCUGGUUGAAAGAAGCGACGUAUACUGGCCGGGAUUUCUCUGCUGAUGAGGGCAAAGAGCAGGGUUUGAUCUCAAAGGUCUUUGAUACCAAGGAACAGGCUUUGGAAGGCGCUCUGGCUCUCGCCAAGGAUAUUGCUGAGAAAUCGCCAAUAGCUGUUUACGGUUCUAAGAGAUCUCUCAAUUAUGCCAAGGAACACAGCAUUGAAAGCGGACUCGAUCAGAUUGCCGAAUUUAACGGUCAUGGCCUGGGUGAGGAUUUCGUCAAUGGCAUCAUGGCUGCCUUUUCAAAGAGCAAACCUCGCUACGAGAAGUUGUAA